UCCUGAGAUGUACCAGUACUAUAUAUAUACCUGACAUGUUGUUGUUGACGUGUGUUAGCUGAGUCGCACUGGCUUGACCCCUGGUCACAGCAAUGACCACAGAUAACUCCUGCUACCAGAGAGCCUUAGAAAAUAAUCCAUUGGCAUGCUGUCCAGUGGUUAGUAUCACAGUUGUCACUAGCUUUCAAGUGUCCAUCAUUGCCAUUAGAUUAUCAACAGUUUUGCAGACAUCAAGAAAAUUUAGAGUUCCAUGGCACAUCAGUUAGAUCAACAUGGUGAUCCACAGGGCAAGAUUGGACUCUAUGACCCAGAGUGUGAACGUGAUUCUUGCGGCGUGGGCUUCGUUGUCAAUAUAGAUGGAAACAGGACUUAUCAGGUCUUGAAACAUGCACAGACUAUGCUGGAGCGCAUGGAGCACCGCGGAGGCUGCGGGUGCGAUAACGACACAGGAGAUGGGGCAGGGGUAUUGUGUGGGAUUCCUCAUGAGCUCUAUGCAAAAGUUGUAAGGGAAGAACAUGGCAUCAACCUUCCAGAGCAAGGUGCCUAUGCAACUGGGAUUUUCUUCAUGGAUGAACAGGGCUCUAAGAAGUGUGAAAUGUUGUUUGAUCAACUUGCUACUGACAAUGGACUGGAGGUACUCUGUUGGAGGACAGUCCCUGGUGAUAAUAAAGUCAUUGGCAGCAUUGCAGCAGCCAAGGAACCUCUGCUUAGACAGGUGUUUGUGACGGUCAAUCCUGAAGAGCGUACUGAACUUCAGAGAAGGGUGUUUGUAUUACGUAAGCAAGCCACCCACAGGAUUCCACAGCUGGGGUUUAGGUUCUACAUAUGCAGUCUGUCCACAGCCACCAUAGUCUAUAAGGGCUUGUUUACAUCCAGACAGAUCUGGCAUUACUAUAAGGACUUAAGUGAUCCUGACUUCAAGACUCAUGUGGCCUUGGUGCACAGUCGAUUUUCAACUAACACGUUUCCCUCCUGGGAGAGAGCACACCCACAGAGAUAUCUGGCUCACAAUGGGGAGAUAAACACCCUACGUGGCAACAUCAACUUGAUGAAGGCUCGUGAAGGGGUAAUGAAGAGCUCCACGUUUGGCGAUGACUUGCAGAAGUUGUACCCUGUGGUUGAGAAGAAUUUAUCAGACUCUGGAAUGUUUGAUAAUGUGUUGGAGUUCCUGUGUGCUGCAGGGGGCAGAGAGCUACCAGAGGCCAUCAUGAACAUGGUCCCCGAAGCCUGGCAGAACGACAAGACCAUGCCAGAACUGAAAAAGAACUACUAUCACUACUGUGCAUUUGGAAUGGAGCCAUGGGAUGGACCAGCCCUUCUUGCCUUCUGUGAUGGGCGUUAUGUUGGGGCCAUCUUGGAUAGGAAUGGCCUCCGACCGUCUAGAUUCUAUGUUACCAGUGAUAAUCAUCUUAUCAUGGCCAGUGAGGUGGGAGUGACUGACUUCACACCCCCUAAUAUUAAACAGAAGGGCCGUUUGAAACCAGGCCGCAUGUUGCUGGUUGACACAGAGGAGAAACAGUUUCUGCAAGAUGAUGUCAUCAAGAAUAAACUUGCCACACUCCGGCCACAUGGGGAAUGGUUGAAAGAGAUCAUCACCAUGGCAGAUCUUUUUGAAGCCUAUGAUGAUGAAAAACUUCACAACUCGGAGCACAUCCUGGGUGUGAAUGAUGUGGAUAACAUGGUGAACGGCAUCACUGAGAAUGGCAUGCCAGGAGUGAGUGGCAGUGUGGUGGAGGAGGACCGGAGACUGCCGUUGUUUGGGUACACUGUUGAGACACUGAACUUCUUGGUGUUGCCCAUGGUCAAAGCUAGGAAGGAAGCCCUGGGGUCUAUGGGAAAUGAUGCCCCCCUGGCCUGUAUCUCUGAGUUCAAUCCUCUGAUGUUUGAUUAUUUCAAGCAGCUGUUUGCACAGGUCACCAACCCUCCCAUUGAUCCUUUCAGAGAGAAAGUUGUGAUGUCUCUGGCAUGUCCAGUCGGUCCUGAACAGAAUAUUCUAGAACCCAACCGUCUGCAGUGCCAGCGCCUAUGGCUAGAUCAGCCAUUGCUGUCCCUCAUUGAUUGUGAUGUCAUCAAGGGAAUAAAUUACAAAGGAUGGAAAGCCAAAGUGCUGAACAUGGUGUUUCCUGUGGCGUUUGGAGACAAGGGUCUGGUACCAGCCUUGGACAGGUUGUGUGCCGAGGCAGCAGAGGCGGCCAUUGAGGGAUAUCAGCUGAUUGUGCUGUCAGAUCGCAAAGUGGACAGAAACCAUGUGAACAUCAGCUCAUUGUUGGCCAUUGGAGCAGUGCACCACUACCUGAUAGAUCAUAAACUCAGGAUGAAAGUUGGGCUCAUUCUUGAAACUGGAGAGGCAAGAGAAGUCCAUCAUUUCUGUACGCUUCUUGCCUAUGGUGCAGAUGCAAUAUGCCCUUACCUCGUCCUCGAGUCCCUAGGAAGGUUGCGAGACCAAGGUCUUAUGGAGCCCCCACUGUCAGACAUUGAGAUAUUUGACAACUACAUGGCGGCUACAGCUCGUGGCAUAUCAAAAGUGAUGGCUAAGAUGGGGAUAUCUACACUGCAUAGCUACAAGGGUGCCCAGAUCUUUGAAGCAGUGGGUCUGCAUGAGGAGGUUAUCAAGAAAUGCUUCGAGGGUACUGCCUCCAGGAUAGGGGGAGCCACCUUCAGGGUGUUGGCCCAAGAGGUACUGAACAGACAUGCAUAUGCCUACAGCAGGAAGGAAGGCGACAAUUUCAUCAUCACCAACCCAGGUUUUUAUCACUGGAGACAGGGAGGAGAAAAACAUAUGAAUGAUCCCACCACCAUUGCUAACCUACAGGAUGCAGCUCGUAACAAUAACAAGUCUGCCUACAGCAAGUUUGUAGAGUCGGCCACUGAGUCCACCAGGUGGUGCACCCUGAGAGGACAGUUGGACAUGAGAGUGUCCAAGCAGCAGGUGGACAUCAGUGAGGUGGAGCCAGCGGCCAAUAUUGUCAAGAGAUUUGUCACAGGUGCAAUGAGUUUUGGUAGUAUCUCUCUGGAGGCCCACAGCACGCUUGCUAUUGCCAUGAACCGUCUGGGUGGCAAAUCCAACACAGGAGAGGGAGGGGAGAGCCCUGAGAGAUACCUCAAUGAAGACCCCCAAAAUAAUACCAGAUCAGCCAUCAAACAGGUUGCUUCUGGACGAUUUGGAGUUACCAGUUCUUACUUGGCACAUGCUGAUGAACUGCAGAUCAAGAUGGCCCAAGGAGCCAAGCCUGGAGAGGGUGGAGAACUGCCUGGAUACAAGGUGUCCAAGGAAAUAGCAAAAACACGUCACUCUAUCCCAGGAGUGGGUUUGAUCAGCCCACCUCCACACCAUGACAUCUACUCCAUUGAAGACUUGGCUGAGCUGAUCUAUGACCUGAAGUGUGCGAGCCCUGCAGCUAGAAUCAGUGUGAAGCUGGUGUCAGAGAUGGGUGUGGGUGUUGUGGCAGCUGGCGUGGCCAAGGGCAAAGCUGAACACAUCACCAUCUCAGGCCAUGAUGGAGGCACUGGUGCCAGUAGCUGGACAGGGAUCAAGAAUGCUGGGUUGCCAUGGGAACUGGGCAUAGCAGAGACACAUCAGGUUCUGGUGUUGAAUGACCUGAGGUCAAGAGUGGUGUUACAGGCUGAUGGUCAGAUGAGAACUGGUCGUGAUGUCAUGAUAGCCUGCCUGCUUGGAGCGGAUGAGAUCGGGUUCUCCACUGCCCCUCUCAUUGUGAUGGGCUGCACCAUGAUGAGAAAGUGUCACCUGAACACCUGUCCUGUGGGGGUGGCCACACAGGACCCUGUCCUCAGGAAGAAGUUUGAAGGAAUGCCAGAACAUGUUGUCAACUAUUUCUUUAUGUUAGCUGAAGAGGUGAGAGGUCACCUAGCCAAAAUGGGCUUCCGUUCCUACCAAGAAGCCGUGGGUCGAUCUGACUUCCUGAGAAUGACUGCCAAUCCAGUAAACGCCAAAGCCAAACUGCUAGAUUUAGGGCCCAUCUUGCACAGUGCUGCUGAGAUGAAGCCUGGUGUCAAUAUUGUAGGGGGCAGUGUUGCUCAGGACUUCAAACUGGCAAACAGACUGGAUAACCAGCUGAUUAAGGCAGCUAUGGAUGUGCUGGAGGGAAAGAGCUCCCAGUGUAACAUUGACAUGACGGUCUGCAAUGAGGACAGAACUUUUGGAGCUACUCUCAGCUACGAGGUGUCAAAGAGAUUUGUCGAGGCUGGUCUGCCUGAUGGAAGUAUUAACAUCAAUCUCAAAGGAUCCGGAGGUCAAAGUUUCUGUGCUUUCCUAGCCAAGGGGAUCCAUGUGACACUUGAGGGAGAUUCCAAUGAUUAUGUGGGCAAGGGAUUGUCUGGAGGAGAAGUUGUCAUCUACCCACCCAAGGACAUGCCUCCUGGUUUCAAGUCCAUUAAGAAUAUCAUAGUGGGCAAUGUGUGUCUGUAUGGAGCCACCUCUGGCAAGGCUUUAUUCCGAGGCCAGGCUGCUGAGAGGUUCUGUGUCAGGAACUCUGGUGCUACUGCUGUUGUGGAGGGUUGUGGUGACCAUGGCUGUGAGUACAUGACUGGUGGCCGUGUGAUCAUCCUUGGCCUGACUGGACGCAACUUUGCUGCUGGCAUGUCUGGGGGGUUUGCCUAUGUCUUGGACAGAGAGAAAGUCUUUCAUGGCAAGUGUAACAUGGAGACCAUUGAUCUGGAGUCUCUUGGAGACGAGGAUGUGCCGUUUGUGAAGGGUUUGCUGGAAGAAUUCCACACCAAGACAGGGUCAGAGAUUGCUAAGGAUGUUCUUGACAAUUGGGAACAGGCCAUGGAUGAUUUUGUCAAGGUGUUCCCUAAAGAGUAUCGCAGAGCAUUACUGGACAUUGCUAAGGAGAAAGCCCAGGCCAAAGAAGACUUGGAGUUUAUGGAGAAAAUGAGGGCAGAGAGAAUUGAGAAUGACUAUAAAGAAGACAUAGUCAAUGUUAGCGAUGUUGCUAAUAAAACUAUGAAAAAAAAGAGGGAGCUAAUGGUCAGAUCUAAAAGUUUGGAGAGACUGUUGGAGGUCCACCAUGAAAAGACAGUGAAGGACAUUGAAGAGAUCGUGGCAGACACAACUGCUGAGAAGAAAUUAGAAAAGGCUCUUGACAAGACCAGAGGGUUUGUGAAGUAUAAGCGUGCCACUUACCAGUACCGACAACCUGCAGAAAGAAUGAAGGAUUGGAAUGAGAUCUACAAUCACAAGCAAGUGCAGAAUGGACUCAAAGAGCAGGCUGCCAGGUGUAUGGAGUGUGGUGUCCCAUUCUGUCAAUCGAGCAAUGGCUGCCCACUAGGAAAUAUAAUUCCAAAGUGGAAUGAUCUCGUCUUCAAGGGUUUCUGGAAAGAAGCACUGGACCAGUUGCUCCAAACCAACAACUUCCCAGAGUUCACUGGUAGAUGCUGCCCAGCACCUUGUGAGGGUGCAUGUGUUUUGGGCAUUAAUUCCCCUGCAGUCACCAUUAAGAACAUAGAGUGUGCCAUCAUAGACCAUGCCUUUGAUCAGGGCUGGAUGGUUGCCCACCCACCAUCUGAGAGGACAGGAAAGACUGUAGCUGUUGUGGGAAGUGGACCAUCUGGACUUGCCUGUGCUCACCAGUUGAAUAAGGCUGGCCAUACAGUGACUGUUUACGAGAGAAAUGACAGAGUUGGAGGGCUGCUACAAUAUGGUAUACCUACCAUGAAACUAGGCAAAGAUGUUGUUCAACGCCGCGUGGAACUGUUGAAAGGGGAAGGCAUUACAUUCAAGACCAAUGUUGAGAUAGGAAAGACACUAUCUGCUCAGCAAUUAGUGGAUGGCCAUGAUGCAACUGUGCUGUGCUGUGGAGCCACCUGGCCCAGGGACCUGCCUAUACCAGGUCGUCAGUUGGAUGGCAUACACUUUGCAAUGAGCUUCCUGGAGACUUGGCAGAAGAAACAGAUGGGGAACAACCUGGAUUACCUCAAGUACUAUGCCAAAGACCGAGACGUGCUGGUGAUUGGAGGUGGAGACACUGGAUGUGACUGCAUUGCUACUUCCCUCAGACAGGGGGCCAGGUCUAUCACCACCUUUGAGAUUCUCCCUCGCCCACCACCCGACCGCAGCUCCGACAACCCCUGGCCAACAUGGCCACGGAUCUUUAGGGUUGACUAUGGCCAUGACGAAUGCAAGGUCAAGUUUGGAAAUGAUCCACGCAUCUUCUGUGUUAUGAGCAAGGAAUUCCUUGGUGAUGAAAAUGGUCGUGUGUCUGGCAUAAAGACUGUUCAGGUUGACUGGAAGAAAGAUGAAAACGGAAGAUGGAAUUUAGUAGAAAUUCCAAACUCUGAGAAGGUCUACAAGGCAGACUUAAUCCUUCUUGCCAUGGGAUUCCUAGGACCAGAGAAAACCAUCAUAGAUGAGCUGUCCUUGAACCAAGACCCUCGCUCCAAUAUUGAAACUCCCUCUGGCAAAUACAGAACUAGUGUGAAGAAGGUCUUUGCAGCUGGAGAUUGCCGACGUGGCCAAUCAUUGGUGGUCCAUGCUAUCAACGAAGGUCGCCAGGCAGCCCGUGAAGUUGACCUUGACCUGAUGGCGAAGACCUCUCUGGCAGGACCUGGUGGGGUGGUGAUAGCUAAAGGUGUCCCAACUAUAGCCUAAACAAUAAAAAGAUGUUACAUAUUAUGGAAAAGUGUUACCUGCAUGAGAAUCUCUGCAUGCACCAUAAACAAUCACAAAGUUCUGUUAAUUUCCACAUAUGUGUGUUAUGAGAAAGUUCUGUACUCAUUCAGGAUAAGUAAGCAAAGUUUAAGGAUCAUGGAAAAUGCCAUCAUGCUGGUGACAGUGAUUAUUUGUUACUUACUUAUGCCAUAGUAACUAACAAGGUCAUAUUAUAUGCAUAAUUUUAACAAUUUCCAACAGUGUUUAACAGUAUUUGAGUUUAUCCUCUUAUUUCAAGGAUAUUUUUUCCAGAAAUAGAAGGGGUUUAUUUGUACAUGUAUUUUAUUGAAGUUUUACUUAGUAUUGAAAUGUUAUUAUUUUUUGUAGAAAGAUAUAUUCAGCAUGCACAUCAAAAAUUUGGUUUAGCAGCUUAAUUAUGUAUUGACAGACAUCACAUGCACGCAUGCAUUGCAGACACAUUGAAAUACCUAACACAACUCCUCAUUUUUUCAAUAGGUAUUAAUCACACUUUGAUUUGGUGCUGGUUUCUUUGGUUUUGGUGCACAUGUGAUUUUCUUUCCUAAAAAUGGAUCUUGUAUUUCAGCUUUUUUAGUUUAAUCUAGAUUCCAAGAUUUGUAUUUGUUAAUGUUAUGCUUGCCUGUUUUAGUUGUUAACUAAGGACAUAGAAUUCAUUUUUAUCACUGAAGACACCUAAAGGACAAUAUUGAAACAAAGUUUGAAAGAGAGUGACUCUAUUUUGUUGAAGGAUUGUUGAGAAAGGGGAACUUUGUGAGCUGAUUUCCUUUCGGCUGUAAAGUGUUGUAAAGGCUGAAUCAAAUGCUGCUGUUCCAAAGAAGAACAUUGUAAUGUUACCAUUUUUGGUAUAUGAGGUUCCUGCUUGUCCAGUUUUGAUUUUAUUACGUUCCAUGAAACAAUUAGAGUUUUUCCCAAACAACAACUUAUUUGUGUUUUGAUUUUAUUACGUUCCAUGAAACAAUUAGAGUUUUUCCCAAACAACAACUUAUUUGUGUGUUACUAACUGAUGAAAAACAAUUGCUGAGAUUUUUAAAAUUUAUUGAAUGAUGGAUUUUAUUGUUGAAUCGAUUUAGAUUGUCGUUAUGGUAAAAUGUCAACAAUAUUUAAUAUUGUAAACAAAUAAAUUGUCAAUGUACA